AGGAGGAUCGGUGAGGAACAAUGACGAUCGAUGAGGAACAAUGACGAUCGAUGAGGAGCCGGAGCGGAGCCCGCGGGGACUCCCCGCUGCGAGGGAUUCCUGGAGCUCUGGAGAGGAGUCACAAAAGCUGAGCAGAGUUCUGACAGAAAUGGUUUUCCUCUGGAGUUUUCCCUGGAGUUUCCCUGGCACUGAUAGGACAGAGGACAUCCAGCUUUAGAGAGCUGUGCAGCCCUGGAGAUAAACACAUCAGAGCACAUUUUCUCACGUGUUGGAAGGUGCUGAACACACAGCUUUGCUUGGAAUAUGCAUCAUGUGAGACACUGGUGUUGUUCAGCACCCAGAGCCCUCCAGGAGCCACUUGAGAUUCCAAGAGUGGGAUAGUUGUUAUUCCUGACAGCAUGGACAGUGAGGAUCCAAGGUACAGAAGCAAAAUGUUUGUUUUCCAAGCAGGGGGGUUUGUUUGUUAAUCUCCACGGGAACCCUGAUGAAUGUGCCAAUGCCUUUCUAUCAGCUUGUGUACCUGGGCUUUCUGUCUGCAGCUGUUUGCAGCCUGCCUGAAAGAAUUCUGGGAGGGCCUCCUUACAACCUGAAAAUGGAGUCCAACAACUUCCAGCACGUUCUGUCCUGGCAGGCAAGGAAUGACCCAGCUGUGCCAACCUCCUACAGGGUGUUCUACAGACCCCGCAGGAACUGGGACUGGACAACUGCCAGGCAGUGCUCAGGCACUGCACAGCUCUCCUGUGACCUGACAGAGGAUUUCAAAGACAGGUCCACUGAGUAUUAUGCAUUUGUUCAGAGCAUCACAGGAACCAGGGUGUUCAACUCUUCCGUGCUGCGUUUUGCUCCGUUAACUCAGACACGCCUGGGACCACCAGAAGUUAAUGUAACUUCUUGUCUAAACUGCAUAAAUGUCACCAUGAAGCUGCCAACCUCUCACUACAGAGAAAAGGGAAAGCUGCUCUCUUUAAUUGAUAUCUAUGAAGAGCUUGAUUAUGAAAUAACACUGAAAUCACAGGAUAGAGAGGAUAAGAGGGCACAGGAGAAAACCACUGCAGAAGUUUUCAGUACUGUCAUUGAGGAAUUGUAUCCAAGUAGGAAUUACUGUGUGUCUGUUGUGGUCUCUGCAUCCCUGAACAAACAUUAUUCCAUCCCCUCACCCUGGAAAUGUGUCCUUUCAGGCUCCAUGGCUCGCCCAGGUUAUCAUUUAGCUGCAGUGGCAGGUGCUGUGUGUGUCUCACUGGUAAUAGGUGCUGCCUUGAAGUGUCUGCAUGCAGGAGGUUAUUUUCUUCAGGGCAAAUCACUGCCACGUGCCUUGGAAUCCAUCAGGAGGUGGGUCUACCCAUCCUGGAUAUUUCCAGCAGAAGAAGUAGACUCCAUGGAGGUCAUCCCCAGAGAGGUUAAACCCAAGGCCAGUGGGUGCAGUGGCAGUGACAGUGACAGCGAGGACAGUGACAGCAGUGCCCUGUGGGACCACGACUACACGAGGAGGGGGGUGCUGGGCAGAGCCCCCCCUGCCCCUGGCACCCCCCCCGGGCAGUACUCGGAGAACAGGCCCUGUGAGGACAGCGGCACCCCGGGCACUGCCAGCGCACCCCCCGAGCCCCGGGGCUCUGAGGAGCAGGACUCGGGCCUGGAGGGAGAGCAGGACACGGGCGGGGAGGUGCUGAGCCCUUUCCCCGAGCUCAGCUGUCAGUGCCCUGCCAGGCAGAGCGGCAGUGCCUGCUUCACCAUCAACCUGCAGAGCGUGCUGCUGGGCACCCUGGAGGGCAGCGGGCACGGCCCCACGGCCGCUCUGCCUGCCCGGGAGCACGAGGGGCUCUGGCAGUGUGACCCUGCCUUGGAGGCAAAGGAUGACACGGGCACUGGGCACAAAGCACUGGGUGCUGAUGACUUCCAGGAAUGGCAGAACUCUCCUUCCGAGGAGGAAAGCGACUCCUCGGAGUCAGACACGGAGCAAGUGACUGGGUACAUGAGGAGGUGAACGAGGGAGAGCCACUGUCACCUUGUAGCAGACGAGUCCACACUGUCCAGCUUUUAUUUCUGGACUAAACAUACAGAUCUUGUCUUCUUAUUAACAUUCUGUGAGGGUGGACCUCCCCUGCAGACAGAGCUGGAGAAGAGAAGGCUCCAGAAGGACCUGAGAGCCCCUUCCAGGGCCUAAAGGGGCUCCAGGAGAGCUG